AUGGGAUCUGAAGAAACGAGACCUUUCAUACGCAGCCUAAAAAGAAAAAAGUGCUCCUGCAGUAUACAUAACUCAAGAAAUAUAUCCGAUAUGAUAAAAACUCCAAGCCUAGAAGAUAUAAUACAAAAUGCAAGCACUCUGUCUAGAAAACUUGGGAAAAACCUUGCAAAUUUUAUUAGUAAUAUGCACAACGCAUCUAAAGAAAACCAUUCGAUUAAUCCAGGAACUAACAACAUAAGCAACGAAGAAAAUAACAACAAUUGUACCUUAUCCCCAGAAAAUUUUAGAAACACUCUAAGAAAAUGGAAAACCCUCGAGAAGGAGUAUCAAAGUUAUCUCGAAAUACAGGACUCCAUGGAAAAAACAUUGAACGUUAGAGAAUACGAAGAACCUACUUUGAAAGUUGAUCGAGAUGUAACUUUAGCCCAAACUACUUGGAAGUUGAUAUAUGACGAUAUCAGCUCCGAUCAAAACAAGGAUAAAUUCAUGGAAAUAUUGAGCGAUUGGAUAAAAAGGGAUACUAUAAUUGGUGUUAAGCCCCCGCCUACAACUUUUUCCAGCACCCCUAUAAAGAAUAACAUACCUGAGUGUAGCUUGGAUUUAAGUAAAAUAUAUAGUAAUGCUUCAUCGGAGCAAGAUUGCCGUAUUUUGGAUGAAACUCCAAAGACUUCAUCUUCAUCGUCCAAUUCCAUCAAUACCAACAAUAUAGAAGUCUCUUCAUCGGAUAACUUGGAUACUGGAUAUCCAAGCUCAUCAGAUUCAGGAACCAACUGUGAUUACGAGGAUAACUCCCUUAAAAGCAAUGAUAUGAUGUUAAAUUUCGCCGAUAAAUCAGAUAGUCUGCUUACCACUCUUUAUGACUCAAAAAACCCUAAUAAUCUAACCUACGCAAACCUACACGUCCACUCAGAAAAUAUCGACGAUUCCUCCAUAAUACAAGACCUGAUUUUGACCAAAUUCGAGGACAAAAUCGAGUACCAAAAAAUCAAAAAAACAAAUAGAAGAAAAUCCCAAAAAUCAUUCAAUAGCGAUGUAUAUGAAUCGAUAGCAAGUAUUGGAAGUAGCAUUCAAGAAUAUGACGAAAAGGAAUUUUUGGCGAUAGCUUUAUGUGAUCAAAUAGAAACUGAGCAACAUACGCAAGCAGCACCAAGUGUCAACACUAACGAGAUAUCGGAUUUAAUAUCGAAUGAAUAUUAUUAUUACGAUGAAAAUAUUCCAGUGCAACACAGAAGGCUUUCUGAAGAUGUGUCCUAUGAAGAAACCAAUAUAUCGUACAUAGAAGAAAUCAAGCAACAACUGGACGUAAUACAACAAAUCAAGAAAGCGUUGCUUGUCUGCAAUACCAAUAAAGAGCUCAUUGGCAGCAGAGAGCACAUUGAAGCUGAAAAACUUCUUUUGACAGCAACAUCCAAAUACAAUGUUCUUCUCAGUUCGGUAAAAACCUCAAGAAAACAAGAAAGACCGGCACCUUGUGCCACUAUGUACAUAAAAGAUUUAACGUUCAAAAUAAAGCCAGACUAUGUUUUGGAUUACACAUACUAUUAUAUGUGUAUUUUAAAAGCUGGGCCACAAGUUAAAUGGACAAACAUCGAAAUGUCAAAAGGAAGUGCAGUUAAAUUCUAUAACGAUGUUAUCUUCGAAAGGCUGACUCCAGACUCACAAGUUACUUUGGAAGUAUAUUCUCUAAAAGUUAAAAAUGAAGUACAGGUUUCAAAUCAUGUUUGUGGGUCCAUAAAUAAGUCUUUCAGUAAACUUUUUUCAAGAAGAAGAUCCUCGGGUGUAAAUAUAAAUCCAAACACGAGUUUUGAGCCCAUUGGAACCUCAACUUUAUCCAACGUUUUAUCAUCAGAACUUUAUGAAUUAUCAACUUCGGGAAUGUCUGAAAUCGAUGAUAAAUUUUCGGCUUCCGUAGAAAUAUGUUUGAACCUAAAAUACGACUUUAAAGGAUUUUUAACUAUAAGAAAGGACGAUGUGAAAGCAUCAUGGGUCAGGAGAUGGUGUAGCCUUAAAGAUGACAAACUCUCAUUUUGGAGCCAUCCUACAGAAGAGGUCACCAUGGAACCAAGAGGAUUCUUGGACUUGAGAUGCAGUACAGGGCAAGCAAUUUCCUCCAAUUUAAAUAUUUGUUCAAGGCCAAGAACUUUGGUUUUGGAGUUGCAAAAUUCUGGGGAACCGACGAUGAAAACAACCUACUUUUUGGCGGCCGAUAAUGGCGAGGAUUUUCACGAGUGGCAGUACAGGCUUAAUUCCACAGUUAGGGCUUUAAAGUGUUGGCAGCAAAUGUUCAAUGGGGUCUCAGAAUAG